AUGAAUAGUAGAAAUAACAAAUAUAGUUUUAAGUAAGGAGGCGAUAUUUACUUUUCAUAUUUUUAAAAUAAAAGAAUAUUUGGAGGACCAUUUGUUUGGGUGAAUGCUUAAUUUAAUUUCCAUCUUGCUUUAGAAAAUAUAUAAUAAAUUGUAUAUGUUAAAUUUGAAAUAAUUCUAGGUGAUGAAUAAAUGUCUAGAAUUAAAUUUCAUUACACAAUUAAUUAACAAUCCAAGAAAACAUCUACUAUUAACAAUAAUUUAAAUUUAAAAGAAGAUUAAAAUUGGAAAAAUGAUUAUAAAACUUAAAUUAUAUCUGUAAGAGAAAAAAUUGAGUACUCAACUAACGAUAAUCAUGAACUAAACAUACUAUUUGAUUGUGACAAUAAUUUUUAUUAAGCUAAUUCAACAUUUUGUGGAAUUAAAAAUAUGUUUAUAUCUGUUUAGAAACCAAUAUUAGAUGAAAUUGAUUUGUUAGAGUAGUAUUAAAACGAUAAUGAAUAUAUAGAUGGUUUAGAGGAAUUAUUUGUAAUAUCAAAAUGUGGUGAUGGACUAAAAUCUAUCGAUGAGGAUUGUGAUGAUGGAAAUCUUAUGCCACUUGAUGGUUGUUUUAAUUGUAAGUAUUCAUGUGAAUAAUAAUGCUAAGUUUGUGUUAAAGUUUAAUGCUUAUUGUGUAUUGAUGGAUAUUAUCUCAAUUUAGAAUUUAAUUAAUGUGAAAUCAUUUGUGGAGAUUUAAUAAUUUAAGGGUAAGAAUAAUAUGAUGAUGGUGUUAUAUGUUUAUAUUUAAUUAUAACUAUAAUCUUGACAAUUAUGAUGGUUGUUCAAAUUGUUAAUUGA